AUUCGUCAUUUCAUUGACUUCGCUUUCAUCACUUUCUCCUUAAACCCUCCCUUCAAAAAUCCUCACUAUUUUCCUCUUCUUCUUCUCUCGCCUCUCUCUCUCUCUCCUCCUUAUCUCCAAUGGCGUCAAUCUCCGCUCCUGGCGCCAUCCGCUUCUCCCCUCUCUCCUCCUCCAACCGCCAUAAACCAAAACCUCCUUCCAUCCACCUCCCCAAAUCCACUCCAAUCCUCUCUUCUCUCUCCUCCCCUCAUUCUCAACCUCAACCUCAACCUCUCUCCAUUCCAAUCCCUAAUUCAACCCCUAAUUUCUCUCUCCUCUCUCAUCCUCUCCCCAAAACCCUAAUUCUCUCCUCCGCCGGCCUCCUCCUCUUCCUCCUCGGCGGCGGAGGCGGCGGAGGAGUCGCCGGCGGCGGCGGUGGUGGUGGAGGUGGUGGAGGAAGUAAUGGAGGUGGCUCACCAUGGUGGUCGAAUUUAGCGAUAGCGAAAGACGAAGAUUCUGAAGGAUGGGACUCUCAUGGACUUCCUGCUAAUAUUGUGGUUCAGUUGAGUAAGCUUUCUGGUUUUAAAAAGUAUAAGGUUUCUGAUAUUUUGUUCUUUGAUCAACGACGUCGUUCUACUGUUGGUACUGAAGAUUCGUUCUUUGAGAUGGUUUCUCUUCGACCUGGUGGUAUUUAUACUAAAGCUCAACUUCAGAAAGAACUUGAAACCCUAGCUACUUGUGGAAUGUUUGAGAAGGUUGAUUUGGAUAGCAAAACUAAUCCUGAUGGUUCUCUUAAAGUUACUAUCUCUUUUCUUGAAAGUACUUGGCAAUCUGCUGAUAAAUUCAGGUGCAUCAAUGUGGGGUUGAUGCAACAGACGAAGGCGGUUGAGAUGGAUGCUGAUAUGACUGAUAAGGAGAAGAUGGAUUUUUUUAUAAGCCAGGAGAAUGAUUAUAAGAAGAGGAUUGAUCGGUCUCGCCCGUGCCUGUUGCCCACCCCGAUAUACCGAGAGGUCAUGAAGAUGUUGGAUGAUCAAGGGAAGGUGACAGCUAGGUUGUUGCAGAAAAUUAGAGAUACUGUUCAGAAAUGGUACCAUGACGAGGGGUAUGCAUGUGCUCAAGUCGUCAAUUUUGGGAAUUUGAAUACAAAGGAAGUUGUUUGUGAGGUCGUGGAAGGGGAUAUUACUCAGUUGUUGAUUCAAUUCCAGGAUAAACUUGGGAAUGUAGUGGAAGGGAAUACUCAGUUUCCUGUUGUCUGGAGGGAAUUGCCUAAACAGCUUAGAGUAGGUCAUGUCUUUAACAUAGAAGCAGGCAAGCAAGCUUUGAGAAAUAUAAACUCUCUGGGUUUAUUUUCAAACAUUGAAGUGAAUCCACGUCCUGACGAGAAGAGUGAAGGAGGAAUUAUUGUUGAGAUUAAGCUUAAAGAACUUGAUCAGAAGUCAGCUGAAGUGAGUACUGAGUGGAGUAUUGUUCCUGGGCGUCAAGGCCGUCCAACUCUGGCGUCUAUCCAGCCAGGUGGAACUGUCUCCUUUGAACACCGAAACAUCAAAGGUCUUAAUAGAUCAUUUCUUGGCUCAGUGACCACUAGUAACUUCCUCAAUCCACAGGAUGACCUUGCUUUCAAGUUUGAAUAUGUGCAUCCAUAUGUGGAUGGUGUAUAUAAUCUUCGCAACCGCACUUUUCGAGCAAGUUGCUUCAAUAGCAGAAAGUUGAGUCCUGUGUUUACUGGUGGCCCAGGACUAGAAGAAGUUCCUCCUAUUUGGGUUGAUAGAUCUGGUGUAAAAGCAAAUUUCACUGAGAAUUUUACCCGGCAGAGCAAGUUUACUUAUGGGCUUGUGUGUGAAGAGAUAACAACACGCGAUGAAAGCAGCCAUAUUGCCGUAGCGGGUCAAAGGGUGUUGCCUAAUGGUGGAAUUAGUGCUGAUGGACCCCCAACAACUUUAAGUGAUACUGGUGUUGACCGAAUGGUAUUUGCCCAGGCAAAUAUUACUCGAGAUAACACGAAGUUUGUAAAUGGAGCUAUUGUUGGUGACAGAAAUGUGUUUCAGCUCGACCAAGGCCUUGGUAUAGGCAGUAAAUUCCCAUUCUUCAACCGUCAUCAGCUGACAGUAACUAAGUUCCUCCAGUUGAAGCAAGUAGAAGAAGGUGCUGGUAAACCACCGCCCCCAAUUCUUGUCCUUCAUGGCCACUAUGGUGGCUGUGUCGGAGACCUUCCAAGUUAUGAUGCUUUCACCAUUGGAGGACCCUAUUCUGUGAGGGGUUACAACAUGGGGGAACUUGGUGCAGCUAGAAACAUUCUUGAGCUUGCUACGGAACUGCGGAUACCUAUCAAAAACACACAUGUUUACGCUUUUGCAGAACAUGGGAAUGAUCUUGGGAGUUCCAAAGAUGUCAAGGGUAAUCCAACUGAAGUUUACAGGAGAAUGGGCCAGGGAUCAUCUUAUGGAGUUGGUGUCAAGCUAGGUCUCGUGCGAGCUGAGUACGCUGUUGAUCAUAACUCUGGUACCGGAGCAAUAUUCUUCCGGUUUGGAGAAAGGUUUUGAGCUCAGUGUUAUCAGUUCACAAUUGUGUGUUAGUUUGUGAUCUAGCUUUUUAUAGAGUUAAGUAGAAUGGAGAGGGAUUUUUGAGAGUGAUGGCGGAUUUUUAGGAAAACUAGCCCCUUUGUCUUCUUAGGGGUGUAAGCGGGCUGACAAAAGUUUAGUCCAUAGUUCAAUCCAAACUUAUCAUACUCGAUUGGAUUCAAAAAAGUUUGGAUUGAAUUUGGAUCAAUUUUAUGAGUUCUAGAUAUUUCAGAUUAGAUUUGAACUCAAUAUGUUGGACCCAAUGUCCAAAAUUUUAAGAAUGUGUAGAAAAAAUAAUUUGCUCCAUUUAUUCAAUUUAUGAAUUUUGAUUUCUUAGUGUAA